UGUGACACUGUAGACAUCUACAAUGAACAACUCCACUAGUAAAAACUGUGUAGAUAUCACAAAUUAACAUUCUGACUGUUGAGAAUUAAGUUAUAUUUAUCAUAAAUUAGUACUGCAACUAAUCAAAAUUCCAUUAUGGAAAUUACUUGGAAUAAUGAACCAAAAUUGAAUUGCCUGUAAUUGAGUUGGGUUAGAAGUCAAUAGCAAAAACGGACUAGUUGUAAUUAAGUUACAGAUAUCUGCCAUGAACAUUUCCUCUUGCAAGAAGUGAGCUGUUUGAUAUCAGGAACAUUUUGACUAAUGCGAAGUGAAUUGUUAUUAUCUUUACUUCGAAUUUCUGCUCAUCAAAAUUAUUGAUAAGCUGGCUUGGAAAUGAAACUAGUACAAUGUAAGUGUAGCUAGUGCAUGUGUACAAUUCAUGAUUCAAGAUUUAUGAAUAAUUUAAUAAUAAUAAUAAUUUAUAUUCAUAAUCAGCUUAUUAGAAACUUGAAAACUUAUAAAACUCAGAGUUAGUCUGAGCAGCAGUCUUAAUCUCAGGCUGCAGUCAUGAUUUAGUUCACGUGUAAAUGGACACAUGUUAAAGGGGACCAAUAAUGAGCUGAGCUGCACCCAUGAGGAAGAAUCACUUGAGCCGUCAUGUGAAUUAACCCAUUAACGUCCUUAUACUAUAUUUAGUAUAGUAAGUAACAGCCCUAUAGAUUAGGAGUAUCAGAUCUUAAUAAUUUUUCAUACAUACAUCGUUCAGACUCUUAUAAUACAGAUUUAAAAGGAAAAAUGAUAAUGAAUUAAUGAUAAUUCAGUGUGACAUUGUGCACGGUAUAGAGGCAUUUUAUAUUGAAUUUCUAUAGGGAUUUAAAUGGGAAUGAAAUGUUUGUUUAGACUCUCAAUCUUCUAUACCUACUUAAUAUCACUAACUCACACACACACACACACACACACACCUCACCAUCUCUGUCUUUUUCUUCCAAUCAGUGUGUCCGAUGGGUGGAGGAGCCACCAGGCUGUACAACGCCUUGACUCGGGCCCUCAGCAGCAGCUCUCCUCUCCCCCUCCCUUCAUCCCACCAGCCUGUCGACACAAACCUGGAUCCAGCUUUCAGCCAGGAGCAGGAAGCGUCCCCCGUAUGUCCCCUCGAUCCAGAAGAGUUGCUUCGACAGUGUGAGGAGGCCCUCAGGGACCGACAGCCUCGCCUCCACAGGAAGUUCACCCGCUUGAAUGAUGGAGCCAGCGCCCCCAGCAGCCCCAUCAGGGUGAUGCAGUGGAAUAUUCUGGCUCAAGCUUUGGGCGAGGGACUUGACAGUUUUGUCCAGUGUCCCCCGGAGGCCCUCAGCUGGUCCCGCAGGAAGUACCUCAUCUUAGAGGAGAUCCUCACAUACCGACCUCAUAUCCUGUGUCUACAGGAAGUUGACCACUACUAUGACACCCUGCAGCCAGUUCUGGCCGGCCUGGGUUACAGAAGCAGCUUUUGCCCUAAACCGUGGUCGCCGUGCCUGGAUGUGGAGGGCAACAACGGUCCUGACGGCUGCGCGCUGUUCGUCGAUCAGUCACGGUACGAGUGCCUGGACAGCGUGAACAUCCGGCUCUCUGCCAUGAGGAUUCCAACCAAUCAGGUUGCCGUGGUGAUGAUGCUGCAUUGUCGGAGUACAGGGAAGUGUGUGUGUGUGGCUGUGACCCACCUGAAGGCUCGUUCUGGCUGGGAGUGGCUCCGUAGCACGCAGGGCUCCGACCUCCUGCGACACCUUCAGAAUCUGGUCCAGAAACACAGCGACGAUCCUGCGGCUGCCCCCGGCUCCAACAUUCCUCUGAUCAUAUGUGGGGAUUUCAAUGCUGUCCCGACUGAGGAGGUGUACCACCGUUUCACCGCAUCGCCUCUGGGUUUGGACUCAGCCUAUAAGAAACUCAGUCCUGAUGGAUUGACUGAACCCGAGUACACAACAUGGAAGAUUCGACCCACAGGAGAAUGUUGCAGCACUCUGGACUACAUCUGGUACAGUCACGACACACUGAGAGUGGACGCAGUUUUGGACAUGCCCACUGAGGAACAGAUUGGGCCAAACAGGCUUCCAUCCUUUAGCUAUCCAUCUGAUCAUCUCUCUCUGGUUUGUGACUUUAGCUUCAAGUGAGAGUGACAGGAAAGUAAUGAUGCAGCACACAGCGAACAGAUGAUGCUCAGAAGUCGAGACUGGCUCCUGAUUGGCUUCGGUCAACAAGAAGCCGUGCAGAUGAGAUGCCAAGGGACAGAAGCCGCCUUCUGACUGGAUGGAAAAGUCAGUUAACUUGUAACGUAGAAGGAGCAGGAAACCACGCUGCAACAACAUAGUCUACCUCCCCGAGUCUAACAGUGGGCAGGUUUCCAUUACAGAUUUGCUCAAAAGCGAUAUUUUAAAAAUGUCGAUAAAACACAAUAGCAAGAUGACUGUG